AUGUCAGUUUUAGAUUCAGUGACUGUAUUAGAAAAAUCAAUAACUAUUAAAUUUGAAAAUGGCACAUCGGUCACUUAUGAGGAUAUUUGGUUACGUGACCAUUGCAGGUGUUCAUCUUGCUACCACGCCGAUACAUUUCAAAGAGCUCAUCAUUUGUUAGACAUACCAGAAGUCAGCAUCAGUAGCGUGUUGUAUGAUAAAAAAACUCUUCAAAUUAUAUGGAGUGACAAUCACGAAUCAAACUACACGGCUGAAUUUUUAGAAGAAGUUUAUUUUGGAAAGUGGAAUGAUAGCCAAAGACUGAAACCAAUAAUGUGGCGUGGAGAAGAAGUAGCGUACAGAGUUGCAAAAAUACACGUUGAUAAAUUUCUAAACACAGUUGAAGGAUCUAAAUCAGUAUUUAAGUCUCUAUUGGAAUACGGUGUCGCUCUUAUUGAAAACGUAGACGCAUCAGUUGAAGCAACAGAACAGGUGUGUAAAGCGUUAGGAGGUAUCCAAAGCACAUUGUUCGGUGGAAUGUGGGAGUUCACUACAGUUCAAGACCACGCUGACACUGCUUAUACGAACCUACCACUGGCAGUGCAUAAUGAUAAUACGUACUUUACUGAAGCUGCAGGAUUACAAAUUCUGCACUGUCUCGAACAUUCCAACGGCUCUGGCGGAGAAACUUUACUUGUUGAUGGUUUUUAUGGAGCGACAGUAUUGAGAGAGCAAUAUCCUGAUGACUAUGAAUUCUUAACAAACUUUGACAUAGAAGCUGAGUAUUUAGAUGGUAGCAACCACUAUAAAUUUUCAGCUCCAGUAAUUCGGCUGGAUAAGAAAAAUAACAUCCAUCAAAUUAGAUUUAACGUGUACGACCGUUCGGCGAUGGCAUUCUCAAGCAGAGAGGAAUGUAAGGCAUACUAUCGUUCGCUGCGGAAUUUAUCAAGAUACUAUGAAAAUCCGGAAUUUCAGUGGAAAUUCAAACUUAAACCAGGGCUCGUAAUGGUGAUGGAUAAUUUCAGAGUCUUACACGGAAGAAAAGGCUUCAACGGUAAAAGAGUUCUUUGUGGGAGCUACGUGUCGCGUUCUGAUUGGCUAAACAAAGCUAGAGUGCUUCGUCUUAUAAAAUAACCAUUUUAUAUAUUUAUACAUAAAUAAAACUAUAUACAUACUUGCAUUUUAAAGUACUUUACUAUUAUAUACGAUAUUUAUAAUAAAUCGUUGACAGCA